AGCGUGCGCAGAAACGUGAAUAAUGACGAGACAGGGCGGCAGGGCAUCCUGCCCGAAGGCAUGUCGGAGCUCACAGCACUCACCACCCUAACCCUUGCUGGAAACAAUCUGGAGGGGAGCCUUUUCAAAAGCUGGUCCACUCUGGUCAAUUUGGAAGAGCUCAAACUGUCCUACAACCACCUGCAGGGCGAGAUACCAGAAGCGUUCUCUGCUCUCACCGCCCUCACUGCACUAGAUCUAUCCUGGAAUAAACUGUCCGGGAACAUACCCCAAGCAUUUACCACCACCAUUCAAACGUUGUCCCUAAGCAACAAUGCGUUUGACGGUCGCAUCCCACCACACCUCGCAUUGCCCAGCCUCAUAGACCUGGGUCUGGACUUCAAUUCCUUCACAGGAGCCAUUCCCUCCACCUUCACACGCCUCACCGGCGUCAGUAGUCU